CUCUCUCUCUCUUCUCUAGAUCUUUGGUGGAAUAAUCCUCGUACAUAACCAAUAGCUAUAGAGAUGACCCAAAAUCCUCAUAUCACCAUUAGUACAAACUAGUUAAACUUUAGUUUUCUCUCUCUCUCUCUCUCUCUCUCUCUCUCUUUCUUCUUUUUUGGAUCUCUUUCUCUUUCUGUUUUUCUUUCCUUUUUGGCCUUCUUUCUGGCUAAUUUUGACCUCAAGUGAAGAUUAUAGCAUGCUUGAAUGUCCAAAGAAAGAGAGAGAUUCGAUGAGAUAGCGAAGAAGAUAAAGAGAGAGACAGAUGUAUCAUCCAAUAUUCCUCCACAACAAAUUAUGGGGAGAAGACACUCAUUGCAGGGUUCUCCUGGAGCUCUCAACACCAUUACUCCAUGUGCAGCCUGCAAACUUUUAAGAAGAAGAUGUGCUCAAGAAUGUCCCUUCUCCCCAUACUUUUCUCCCCAUGAGCCUCAUAAAUUUGCCUCUGUCCACAAAGUUUUCGGCGCGAGCAACGUCUCGAAGAUGCUCAUGGAAGUUUCCGAGAAUCAAAGAGCAGAUGCCGCAAACAGCUUAGUUUAUGAAGCUAAUGUGAGGUUAAGAGAUCCUGUUUAUGGUUGUAUGGGUGCCAUUUCAGCCCUACAACACCAAAUUCAAUCCUUACAAGCUGAGCUCAAUGCUGUGAGAGCUGAGAUUUUAAGACACAAAUUUAGAGAAGCUAAUAAUAUGAUUCACUCUUCUCCUCAACAACAACAUGUGCCUUUUCUUUCUUCUUCUUCUUCUACGGAGGUUGUUUCGGUUGCCCUGCCACCACCGCCUCCACCGCUACCUCCGCCGCAUCAUCAUGAUGCUUCUUCUUCUUCAUCCUCUUUGUACAACCGACCGACGUUGGCAGCUGCGGCUGAUUAUAGUACUAUUUCAAGUGAUGAAAAUGUUACCUACUUUGUUAGUACUUCUAGUACUGGUCAUCAAUUAAAUUCUUAGCAUUAUUAUUGUAGGGUUUAAAGAAAGGCGAUUUUACCUGUAAUAAUAUUGAAAGAAAAGUUGGGGUGAAAUUCAAGGCCCUCCUUUUUUGUAUUUUUUUUUCAAAAAUAUUUUAGGUAUAUUCUCGGUUGCACUCAUGUUCAUGCAUUCUACUCUAACAUUUCUAUAUAAUUUACCUUAGUAUAA